AUGGAUAGUGAAAAUACUGAAUUUUAUGAUUAUUCUGAUGUUGAAGAAUCGAAUGAAUCAACUCAAACACCAGAACCAAAUUCUGUAUCAUCCACUACAAAAAAGCAACAACAAACUACUAAUGCAAUUAAUGAAACAAGAGAAGUAUUUAAUCAGUAUUUUGCUGAAUCUCCUAAACUAACUAAUAAUACUAAAUCUGGUGCAGAUGAA